CAUCCAUAAAAAUAAAACCCUAAUUUCCCCCACAUUUUUCCCCUUUUUUUCCCUCGUCUUUUACUCUCGGUGGUUUUGAAUAAAUGGCGGCGGCGGGAGACGGCAGACCGGCGAGUUCCUCAGCCUACGAAGGCGGAGGAGCUGGAGGAAAGUUCCGGAGACGACCUUUCCGUAAGAAUCAAACUACUCCUUACGAUCGACCACCGACUGACCUCCGGAACCCUAGUUGGCUCACAAAGCUCGUUGUCGAUCCUGCCACGAAGCUCAUCACUUCCGGUGCUCGACGGUUCUUUUCUUCGAUCUUCCAGAAACGUCUUACCCCUGCUCCGACACCAUUACCACUACCUCCGAUGCCAUUGCCACCUCCUCCAGAAGCAAGACAAGAAUCAAAGGAUGUGCAGCAGGAGUCUUGUCUUAAUGAUCAUGCUGGAGCAGUCGUAGCCACUGGACAUGAAGUUUGCAAAGCUGCAUGCAGUUCUGAGGAUGGUGCAUUCUCAGAGCUUGAGCAACUGUUGAAACAAAAGACAUUCAGCAGAGAUGAAAUUGACCGCUUGACAGAACUUUUGCGUUCCAAAGCUGUAGAUACCCCUGCUGGGAAUGAUAAGGGUGCUGUUGCUACUCCUGUCACAAGUUCAAGAGUCCCUAAAGGGAAUGUUGCAUCUGCUGCUGAACUUGCAAAAGCUUACAUGGACACUAGGCCAUCAAAGGUGUCACCGACAAUUCUUAGUUCGCAAAGUCAAGUUGUGAGAGUAGAUACACCGGUGCUAAAAAGUGUUUCAUAUUCCCAAAAUUUGCCUAUUGCACCAGUGACUACAAAGACUGCUGGUCUUGUUGGGGUCCGAGCAAAUGGAUUUACCCCUCCAAGGUCUCGUGGAAGAUCUGCAAUAUAUCACAUGGCUCGCGCGCCAUACUCCAGACUUCGUCUAACUGAUGGUCAAAUGGCAAGUAGCUCCACACAUAAUGCUUAUAGCGGGCCUUCUUUAUCUGAGUCAGUCUUGGAGCAUGAUGGAUAUUUUGGCUCUAAACAGCCCCUCAAACGGAGAAGUUCUGCUCUGGAAGAUGAUAUCGGCUCUGUUGGCCCCAUUCGUAGGACUCGACAGAAACCAAAUCUCCUAUCACAUGGAAUUUCACGUCCUAAUCUUGGAGGAGUUGCUUCUGCUGCUGCUGACGUGCCUACAAGGUAUGCUCACAUCUCUUCCAAUCCCAGUGAGACAGCUGCAAAGAUAUUGGAGCAUCUUGAAAAUCUGACUCCAAAGGAGAAGUCAUCAGAAUCAAGACUAACUGCAGGGAGUGAUAAGACACCCAAGAAAUUGUCACCAAACAUGCUUCACGGGCAAGCUCUUAGAAGCUUGGAGUCUUUGGAUUCUCCCAAGCUGCUACAGAGUGCUCAAGACAGCCAUAAGUUGGAAAAUUGGUCUGAGGUUAUCCCAACCAAUGAUCAUGAUUCUAGUUUGCAGAAGCAAGGCGUAAUUGAACAACAUCGGCAAAAUGAAUCUAUUAACAGGCCAACUGUUGUACCAAAGAAAAAUGAAAAAAAUUCAUUUGAAGAUGCUCAACAUGCUCAACCAGGUGUGGAAACUGCUGAUUCACUGGAUAAGAAGUCUUCAGUUCAACCUCAGAAGAAGCAUGCUUUUAGGAUGAGUGCACUUGAGGAUUCAUUCGAGAUGGAUGAGGAUAUAAACUUUGACAAUCCUGCCUCUCAAUUGGCUGAAGGAAGAGAUAAGAUGGGUAUAUCUGGUGCUGAAAAGAAGUCUCUGUCUACCGAUGAAGCCCUGAACAAACCUGCUGCUCUUUCUGAAACAAAUGCUACCCUGGGGAUUUUGAACAAAAGAAAUGAUAUGAAGGCUCCUGAUGCUGCUCUUAUCAGCAUCAGCAGCCCCAGUUUCCUGUCCAGUUCUGAUUCCCAGUCACCCGAGGUUGUUGCACCAUCAUUUGGGUUAAACAAAUCAAAGGAGUCGAGUGGUGACAAGGUUCCAGCUCUUCUAUUUUCAUCAUCAUUUCCUCUCUCAGGGUUAAAGCCAGAAAGCUCAAGCAGCUUAUCAAACCCUGCUUUUGGCCUGGCUGGUGCUUCAUUGGAACUCUUUGAGUCAGAUAACUCACAGAAGGAUGGAAAAAGCAAUGAGAAAUUAGAACCUUUAUUAUCUGGUUUAUCACCUUCACCUUUAUUUGCUGCUCCAUCAAGCACUUCUACCUUCAGUAAUGGACAGUUCGCACCUAGUCCUGCUAUCUCAGCCACUUCUCUCUUGGCAUCAAGUAAUUCCCCAAAGGAUGUUCAGUCUUACAGUUCAAGUGAGGUUGCCCAUUCCACAAGCAUUUCAGCUGCUGUUGGUGGUGGUCUGUUUGGUUUUGCUGCAGCAUCUUCAGUAUCAACUGAACCUCUUACCAAAUCUGGGCCCUCUGAAGUUCCAUCAAUGGUGUCAACGCUAUCAACAGCUUCCACUGCAGACAAUGCAGACCUGAAAGCCAAAGCAGCUAAUUCUGACAAUUUGAGUAGCAGUUCACCUUUUGCGGGCUCAUCAUUUGCAUCUACAAGUCCUGGAAAUAGUAUUUUUGGUUUUAGUUCAUCAGGAAUGUCUACAGUUACUACAGCUAGUGACCAAUCUCAGAGUUCCGUUUUCAGCACUGGAGCUCAGUCACUUGUUAGUGCUCAAACUUCUCUCACUGGAUCAGACAAUACCAGAGUCUCACAGAGUGUUCCUGCUCAUUUUGGGUCAUCUACUACAUCACCAGUAGUGGGCAAUUCCGGAAUGACAUCUUUCUCCUCUGUCGGUUCUGCUUCAAGUAAUACUGGCAUCGUUUCUGCUGCUGCUUCAGAUAGCAACCCCGUUGGCUCCAGCGCUGCUGCCGUUGGAAAUUUUAGUUUUGGGGCAAGUUCUUCAACCUCAUCUACGAUGAGCAGUUCUGUCGGACCUAGCAGUGGGACAGCUCAGCUGUCGUUCACUUUUGGUGCUAGUCCGGCAGUUCAUGCAGCCACCACUGCACUUGCUACUUCCAGCAAUGCUACUUCUGCUAUAUUUAGUUUUGGUAAUAAUUCUUCAUCUUCCUCGGCAAAUGCCGUCGACACCUCUACCCGCCCUAGUCCUAGCACAUUUAAUUUUGGUGGUAGUUCUUCAGCUUCCUCAUUGAAGAGUGUCGGCAUGUCUAAUAGUGCUGCUCCUGGAAUAUUUAGUUUUGGUGGUGGUUCUUCAGCUUCUUCAACCAAUGCUGUUGGCACCUCCACAAAUGCUACUCCUUCUGUAUUUAGUUUUGGUGGUGGUUCUUCAGCUCCUUCAACCAAUACUAUCAGCACCUCCACCAAUGCUACUCCUGGUGUAUUUAGUUUUGGUGGUGGUUCUUCAGCUUCUUCCACCAAUACUGUCAGCACCUCCACCAAUGCUACUCCUGGUGUAUUUACUUUUGGUGGUGGUUCUUCAGCUUCUUCCACCAAUACUGUCAGCACCUCCACCAAUGCUACUCCUGGUGUAUUUAGUUUUGGUGGUGGUUCUUCAGCUUCUUCAACCAAUACUGUCAGCACCUCCACAAAUGCUACUCCUGGUGUAUUUAGUUUUGGUGGUAACUCUUCGGCUUCCCCAACAAAUACUGUCAGCACCUCUACCAGUGCUACCACUGGCAUAUUUAAUUUUGGUGCUAGUUCUUCCGUUCCGUCAACAAAUACUGUCAGUACCUCCACUAGUGCUGCCCCUGGCGUAUUCAGUUUUGGUGCUAGCUCCUCAGUUCCGUCAACAAAUGCUGUCAAUGCCUCCAGCACAGUUAGUCCUAGUCCAUUUGCUUUUGGUGCCAGCUCUGCCUCUUCACAAACUUCCAGUGCUGCUGGAAUUUUAGGUUCCAAUUGGCAGGCCCCCAAGUCUCCUGGCUUUAGUUCCCCAUUUAGUUCUGCUACCCCUACUGCAUUUGCAUUUGGAGCAUCUUCAUCUUCUUUUACUCCUCCAGCCACCACUGCUGCUGUCUUUGGAUCAGCACCCAGUACCCCUAGUGGACCAUCCUUUCCAUUUGGUUCAACAUCUUUGACAAAUCCGUCUACACAGUCCAUAUUUGGGAACUCUACUUCUCCUUUUACUGCUUCCCCUGGGAAUAAUAACCAGAUGAGCAUGGAAGACAGCAUGGCCGAGGACACUAUGCAUUCAUCUUCCCCUGCAGUUGCUUUUGGUCAACCUUCUGUCUCGCCCACACCUGGCGGUUUCAUGUUUGGUUCAACACCUAAUCCAUUCCAGUUUGGUGGCCAGCAGAAUCAGGCAGCUGCUGCUGCUCAGAAUCCAUCUCCAUUUGCAGCAUCAGGCAGUUUAGGUGCUGGAGGGAGUUUCUCAUUGGGUAGCAAUGGUCCUGACAAAUCAGGUCGAAAGAUUGUCAAAAUUAAUAGAAAUAAGAACAGAAGGAAGUGAAGCAGUUGGCAACAACAUUGGAUCUUCAUGGUAGAUAUUGUUGGCAAGAUGAUUAAUUUCUCAAUGAUCUAUCAGCAGCCAUGGUUUAUGGGUUUGCGCAAUUCUCUUUUUUCUUUUUUAAAUUUCGCGCCAUUGUAGAUCUGUAUCUCCAGUAAGUGAAGAUCUUGUAAUUCUAUCAUCUUUCUUGGCAUAAAAUGUCACAAUUUUGGGCAACAUUUCUUUGGUUAAGUGGUUGUAAUUGUAUCAGUAAGGGGCUGUUAGAGGGUUAGCCUUUGCUUUUUCUUUCUAUAAAUUCGUCUUAUGUACUUGUAACAUAAUAAGGAAAUGUUUGUUUCUGUAUGGAUAUCUCUUUCUAUCGAGGACUUAUUUUCGAUUUU